AAAGCUUGCAUUGUGUCAUCUUACAUUAAAUAAAAAUUUAGAGAAUGUAUCUCUGCUCGACUGUUACUUGAAGAAAUUAGAGUCGAAACGAUGUAAAAAACUAGAGAAAAACAAACAUGAAAGACAUAAGGGCACAUCCAAAUUUCAAGCAUCUGAUGAAGUCUGUGUGUGUAAAUAAAUCCCAUACACCAACAACCCUGUUGAACAACAAAAUCAAUGAGAACCUGCAUGCAGAACAAGGUUUCAAUGGAUAUUGCAGUAAAUAGAAGUUCACUUGACUCUCUCUCCUUUGCUGACUUUGUGUGUAUGCAAGAUCAGCUAGCGAAAUCUCCUCCGGCUACUGGACUUUACAAGAUCAGUGAAGAAGAUUUGGAAUUUGAGUUCAGACCUGCACCUCAAAACUUAGGUAAGUUUUUACCUGCUGAUGUGUUUUCAAACAGUGAGAAACCACCACAAGCAGUCUUAACUCAGGCCAUUGGUAAACCGCGAUACAAAAAUUCGCUGCCAGCUUCUCACAUUAGUAGCAAUAGAUCAAAAGGCAAUCAAAAUGACUACAUAAAAGCUUCAGCCAAAGCUCAUAAGGUGAGAAACCAAGCAAAUAAAGAUGGUACUGCACAAAGGUCAUGGUUCGGUCAGAAGCUACUUCUGUCAUUUGUCGCCCCCCAUGCAGGGAGUGCCAUGUCGUAAAGCCAACAGUGAAAGCAAAUACCACGCUCAGCAAAAUGCUAAGUUUAUACUAACUUAGAGCUAUUCUUCUUUCCAAUUUUUUUCAAAAUUGAACUUCAGCUGAGAUGUAAGACACCAUGCCCUGUUAUCAUUUUGUAUAAUGGGAGAGUUUCAUAAGCGUGAUUAUUAGUAUCAUUGUUCAAAUUCUGCAGUUAGUGCAGUUGAAUAAAAGUUUAUGACCUGG